GUUCCAGAAGACGGCUCUGGCGCGUCACGGGGAGGGCGUGACAUCACGGCUCCAGCGGCGCCACUGGGGAUCCACCUCGGCGAGGCCUGUGAGCUCGGCGCCGCUGCGCCUCCAGCGCCAAGGGGCUGUGGAGCGCAUCUCGGGGCCUUCGAGGGAGAGCCGCCGGGGGAAGCGCCAGAACAUCUUCGGGGCUUUCGAGCGUCGGGCCCUGUCGGGCCAGCAUUCCAUUCUCGAACGUCACUCGAUUACGGCACCCACGGAGGGCCUAUACACAGCCUGGUGGGAGGAGCUCCAGGAUUUUGCGGAUAUGAACGGCUACACCUUGGACAGCGUGAAGAAUGCCGACAUUGCGCUGGUGGACUUCGCGGACUACUUGUUUCUCGAAGGGUUCGAGCGGCCCGACCUCAUGAAGAUGUACGCCGCGGCCGCCUGGUACCUGGCCGGCCUGUCGCCCAUCGGGAAGUUGCGUUUCCCGCGGUUCUCCCGCGCAGCCCGGGGGCUAGGCCUGCUGGCGCCAGCGCAGACCGUGCCGCCAGUCCCCUUCGAGGUGGUGUGCUGGAUCGCUUGGCGCAUAUACCACCGCCUCCAGGACUGGACCAUCCCACUCUGCCUGCUGACCAUGUUCGUCUGCUACUUCAGGCCCGUGGACGUCCACAGCUUGAGGGAGGAGGACCUGGUGCCGCCCGGAGGCUCGAGCAGCCACUGGGUGCUCAACGUGCACCCCGCGCGCCGCGGGGAGACGUCAAAGGUGGGGGUGUCCGACGAGGCGCUGCUCCUCGACUCUCCCUACCUCCCAGGACUGGGCCCAGCGCUGCAUCGGCGACGUCGCGGCCAACGGCUGACAAAGUUGUUCGAUGUCAGCGAGAGGGAGCUCAGCCUUCAGUGGGGCCGCUCGCAGGAGCAGCUCGGGCUGCUUCCAUCCCAGCGGUAUCGCCUGUACCAGAUCCGUCACGCGGGGCCGUCCCACGACGUCCUCACGGGGGUCCGCACGCUCCUCGACGUCAAGCGCCGGGGGAGGUGGAGCUCGGACGCGACCGUCAAGCGGUGCGAGGCGGCGGGGGUGGUGCAGCAGGAGUGGGCCAAGCUGUCGACGGCACAACAGGCCGCCGCGACUCGCGCGGCAGAGUGGAUCAGGUCUCAGGAGCUGUACUGCGGCACGCACGGGAUCCUCGACAGCGCGGGCCGCCAGGGCAUCGGGGGCGUCGGCUGGGACACGGCCAUCAGCUCAAAGGCCGACCUCUCGAGUGCGGCAGUCAUCCAGAGCAUCGCCCGCGACUUCAAAGCGGCCGAGAAUCGUUUCGGGCUGAGCGGGGUGUUCGCA